AUGACAUGCUCAUUAAACUCUGGGACUGGGAUAAAAAAUGGUCUUGUUCUCAGGUGUUUGAAGGACACACCCAUUAUGUCAUGCAGAUUGUCAUAAACCCAAAAGACAAUAAUCAGUUUGCCAGUGCCUCUUUGGACAGGACAAUCAAGGUGUGGCAGCUGGGCUCUUCUUCACCUAACUUUACCUUGGAAGGCCACGAGAAAGGAGUGAACUGCAUUGACUAUUACAGCGGAGGAGACAAGCCGUACCUCAUUUCAGGUGCCGAUGACCGGUUGGUCAAGAUCUGGGACUACCAGAAUAAAACAUGUGUACAUUAACUGGAAGGACACGCUCAAAAUGUGUCGUGUGUCAGCUUCCAUCCUGAGUUGCCUAUCAUCAUCACCGGCUCAGAAGAUGGAACUGUGCGCAUUUGGCAUUCGAGCACCUACCGCCUGGAGAGUACCCUCAACUACGGUAUGGAGAGGGUGUGGUGUGUGGCCAGCCUAAGAGGAUCCAAUAACGUGGCUUUGGGGUAUGAUGAAGGCAGCAUUAUUGUUAAGCUUGGUCGUGAAGAGCCUGCCAUGUCCAUGGAUGCAAAUGGAAAAAUUAUUUGGGCUAAACACUCAGAAGUCCAACAGGCUAACUUGAAAGCUAUGGGAGAUGCUGAAAUCAAAGAUGGAGAAAGAUUGCCGCUGGCUGUGAAGGAUAUGGGGAGCUGCGAAAUCUAUCCUCAGACAAUUCAGCACAACCCUAAUGGACGGUUUGUAGUGGUGUGUGGCGAUGGUGAAUAUAUCAUCUACACGGCUAUGGCCUUGCGGAACAAGAGCUUUGGUUCUGCGCAGGAGUUUGUAUGGGCGCACGAUUCUUCAGAAUACGCAAUCAGAGAGAGCAACAGUGUUGUAAAGAUAUUUAAAAAUUUCAAAGAGAAGAAGUCAUUCAAACCUGAUUUUGGAGCAGAAGGCAUUUACGGUGGCUUCCUCUUGGGUGUCAGAUCUGUUAAUGGUUUGGCAUUCUAUGACUGGGAAAACACAGAGCUGAUUCGCAGAAUUGAAAUUCAGCCCAAGCAUAUCUUCUGGUCCGACUCGGGUGAGCUUGUCUGCAUUGCCACGGAAGAGUCCUUCUUCAUUCUGAAAUACCUCUCCGAAAAGGUUGCGGCAGUCCAAGAAACGCAUGAAGGAGUCACUGAAGACGGAAUUGAAGAUGCUUUUGAGGUUCUUGGUGAGAUUCAGGAGAUUGUGAAAACGGGGUUGUGGGUAGGCGACUGCUUCAUUUACACCAGUUCUGUGAACAGGCUCAACUACUACGUUGGAGGCGAAAUUGUCACUAUUGCCCAUUUAGACAGGACAAUGUAUCUUUUGGGGUAUAUCCCCAAGGACAACCGACUUUAUUUGGGUGAUAAAGAGCUAAACAUCGUCAGCUACUCUUUGCUGGUCUCAGUGCUUGAAUAUCAAACUGCUGUGAUGAGAAGAGAUUUUGGGAUGGCUGAUAAAGUUCUUCCGACGAUUCCAAAAGAACAGAGGACCAGAGUUGCACACUUUCUUGAAAAACAGGGCUUCAAACAACAAGCUCUUGCAGUAUCUACAGAUCCAGAGCAUCGUUUUGAACUUGCUCUUCAACUUGGAGAAUUAAAAAUAGCCUAUCAGCUUGCAGUGGAAGCAGAGUCAGAACAGAAAUGGAAGCAACUUGCUGAGCUUGCCAUUAGCAAAUGCCAGUUUGGCUUAGCCCAGGAGUGUCUCCACCACGCGCAGGACUACGGGGGAUUACUGCUGCUGGCUACAGCCUCGGGAAACGCGAACAUGGUGAAUAAACUGGCUGAAGGGGCAGAAAAAGAUGGCAAGAACAAUGUCGCAUUUAUGAGCUACUUCCUGCAGGGAAAGCUGGACUCCUGUUUGGAACUCCUGAUUAAAACCGGGCGCCUCCCAGAAGCCGCUUUUCUCGCACGGACGUAUUUGCCAAGCCAAGUUUCCAGGGUUGUCAAACUGUGGCGGGAGAAUCUCUCUAAAGUCAACCAAAAAGCUGCUGAGUCCCUUGCAGAUCCUACAGAAUACGAAAAUCUUUUCCCUGGACUAAAGGAAGCUUUUGUUGCUGAAGAGUAUGUUAAAAACAGUCUUGCUGACCUGCGGCCAGCCAGGGAAUACCCCCUUGUCACUCCAAAUGAAGAACGAAACUUGCUAGAAGAAGCAAAGGGCUUUGAGCUGUCCGGAGUAAUGGCACCUCAGAGGAAGGCUGAGGAACCAGUUCCAUCUCCUAAGCAGGACGUGAUGAAGACAGUUUUGCAGAAUUCUGAUCUUCUUCCAACAAGAGAUCAAAAGACACUGCUGGACUUGGAAGAUGACUUGGAUAACUUGGAUCUGGAGGAUAUCGAUACCACAGAUAUCAACCUGGAUGAAGAGAUCUUAGAUGAGUGAACGUACUUUUGAGAUGACCAAAUAAAUUUACUCCAAACCAA